AUGGGAUCCAACAGCACCAACAACUUCAACGCCGCCUCGCUCUUCAGCGUGGAGGGUAUGGUCGCCGUCAUCACCGGCGGCGGAACUGGCAUCGGUCUCACUAUGGCCCAAGCCCUCGCCGCCAACGGCGCCUCCAAGAUCUACCUCCUCGGCCGCCGUAAAUCCGUCCUCGACACCGCCGCCCUUCAGAACCCCUCCGUCUUCAUUCCCAUCCAAUGCGACGUCACCUCUGCGUCAUCCCUCCAGUCCGCAGUCGAUAUCAUUACUGAGCAGUCCGGAUUCGUCAACCUCUUCGUUGCCAACUCCGGCGUGCUUGGACCCACUAACGGGUUUGACCCCUCCAUGUCCCUGUCGGAGAUUCGGCAGAAGAUGUUCGAUGAGAAGACAAUGAGCGCAAUGACGGAUUGUUUGAAUGUUAACGUUACGGGUGCGUUUUUCAGCAUUGUGGCGUUUUUGGAACUCUUGGAUAUGGGGAAUAAGAAUGCGGUUGAAGGGAAGGGAAGUAAGGUCUUUGGACGGAGUGAUAAGCAGGGGAGUGAUGUGCCGAGUGUGCAGAGUCAAGUUAUUGUUACUAGUAGCAUUGCUGCUUUCAGUCGUCACCCAGCGUCCAAGCCGGCAUACGCGGCGGGUAAGGCGGCGGUUUUGCACCUUGCCAAGCAGGCCAGCUCGAAUUUGGCGAGGUUUGGGAUUCGGGUGAAUGCGCUUGCACCUGGAUUGUUCCCAUCUGAGCUCGCGUCCGGGCUGAUUGGAAGUCGAGACCCCGGCACUGAAUCCAGCGACGAACCGCGGUUCAUUCCCGCCAAAAGAUUUGGCGGGGAGGAGGAGAUGGCGGGCACGAUAUUGUAUCUUGCCAGCCGCGCUGGAAGUUACUGCAACGGUAUGGUGCUCGUGAACGAUGGGGGCCGGUUGGCUGUCAUGCUUGGGAGCUACUGA